AUGUUUUCUUUCUUUUUAGCUACACUCUCCUUCAGCAAGGAAGAGGAGGACAAAGAUCAAGGUCCUGUUGUAGGUAUUGAUCUUGGUACAACAUUUUCAUGUGUUGGCAUUUUCCAACGCGGUAAAGUUGAAAUUAUCGCAAACGAAGUCGGUAACCGCAUCACUCCAUCAAUCGUUGCAUACAAUGAUGGCCAGAGGUAUGUUGGUGACUCUGCUACAUCAUAUCUUAUUUCAAACCCAUCAAAUACUGUUUAUGCUGUUAAGCGUCUUAUUGGUCGCAGAUUUAACGAUAAAGAAGUACAAUCAGAAAUUGGUCGUCUUCCAUACCACGUCGUCGAAAAGGAUGGACGCCCAUAUAUCGAUCUCGAAGUAAAACCUGGAGAGAGAAGAUUGGUUUCUCCUGAAGAAAUCUCCGCAGGCGUACUCACAAAGAUGAAAAAUGUCGCUGAAGAUUACCUUGGCCGCACUGUAAAGGCUGCCGUCGUUACAGUUCCAGCUUAUUUCAAUGAUGCUCAACGUAAAGCUACAAAAGAUGCUGGAGCUAUCGCAGGUCUCGAUGUUAAGCGUAUUAUCAACGAACCAACAGCCGCUGCUAUCGCUUAUGGUCUUAACAAGAAGGAUAAUCAAAAGAUUCUUGUUUUCGACUUAGGCGGUGGUACAUUCGAUGUCUCAUUACUUUCUAUUGAUGACUACUUCUUCGAAGUUCUUGCUACAGCUGGUGAUACCCAUCUUGGUGGCGAAGAUUUCGAUAACAGAGUUGUUGACUACUUCAUGGAUGUUUUCAAACGCCGCACAGGCAAGGAUGCCUCCAAGGACUCCAAGGCUCGUGCCAAACUGAAGCGCGAAGCCGAAAAAGCCAAGAGAACAUUAUCAUAUUCUCAUCAGACCACAAUUGAGAUCGAAAACUUCUUCGAUGGCGAGGAUCUCUCCGAAACCUUCAACCGCGCUCGUUUCGAAGAACUCAACCUCGAUCUUUUCCGUAAAACAAUGGAACCAGUACAACAAGUCCUUACAGACAGUGGCCUCUCCAAGCACGAGAUAGACGAAAUCGUUUUGGUCGGAGGAUCCACUCGUUUACCAAAGAUUCAGCAAUUAGUCAAAGAUUUCUUCAACGGCAAACAACCAUGCAAAUCCAUCAACCCCGAUGAAGCUGUAGCAUACGGCGCCGCUGUCGAAGGCGGUAUCAUAUCUGAUGACCCAGAUACAGCAACAAUUACUAUUAUUAACGUUAACUCUCUCACUCUCGGCAUUGAAACCAUGGGCGGUGUCAUGGCCGAACUCAUUCCUCGUAAUACACGUAUUCCUGUCAAGAAGACCCAAACAUUUACAAACGCCCAAGACGAUCAAGAAACAGUACGUAUCCAAGUCUUCGAAGGCGAGCGCGCCAUGACACGCGACAACCACUUCCUUGGCGCAUUCGAUCUCACAGGACUUCCUCCAGGCCCAAGAGGAUCAGUUCAAAUCGAUGUCACUUUUGAACUUGACCAAAACAACAUUUUGAAGGUUACAGCAGAAGAUAAACAGUCCAACAACAAGGAGACAAUCACGAUCGAUCCAAAGGACAACAGAAUGACAGAGGAAGAGAUCGAGAAAGCCAUACACGAUGCAGAAGACAACAUCGUCAAUGACCAACAAGAAAGAGAAUCUGUACAAGCAAGAUUAUCUCUUGAUUCAAUGAUUGCUGCUGCUAAGAACAACUUGAACAAGGAUGAGACAAAGGACAGACUUUCUAACGAAGAGAGAAGGUCCUUGAAGAGAAUCAUCAAAGAGGGAGAAGACUGGCUACAAGCAAAUCCUGAUGAAGAAGCAGAAGUUUACAACGACAAGAAGAAAGACUUGCAGCAGUCUCUCGCACCUCUUUUGACUGAUCAGAAGUCUAAGAUGAAUAUGGAUAAGAAUGAUGAUGAAGAUAAUGAUGACGAUGACGAUGAUGAUGACGUCGAUGAUGACGAAUUCGGUGAAAUAUAA